CCCGCGGCGCCGCGGCCCGAGGCCCCGGGAAGCGCAGCCAUGGCCCUGCGGAGGCUGGGGGCCGCGCUGCUGCUGCUGCCGCUGCUCGCCGCUGUGGAAGAAACACUGAUGGACUCAACCACGGCGACAGCGGAGCUGGGCUGGAUUGUGCAUCCUCCGUCAGGGUGGGAAGAGGUGAGUGGCUACGAUGAGAACAUGAACACCAUCCGCACAUACCAGGUGUGCAAUGUGUUUGAGUCAAGCCAGAACAACUGGCUACGGACCAAGUUCAUCCGGCGCCGCGGCGCCCAUCGCAUCCACGUGGAGAUGAAGUUCUCAGUGCGUGACUGCAGCAGCAUCCCCAGUGUGCCCGGCUCCUGCAAGGAGACUUUCAACCUCUAUUACUAUGAGGCUGACUUCGACUCGGCCACCAAGACCUUCCCCAACUGGAUGGAGAACCCGUGGGUGAAGGUGGAUACCAUUGCUGCCGAUGAGAGCUUCUCCCAGGUGGACCUCGGUGGCCGGGUCAUGAAGAUAAACACCGAGGUGCGGAGCUUCGGGCCUGUGUCCCGCAGCGGCUUCUACCUGGCCUUCCAGGACUACGGCGGAUGCAUGUCCCUCAUCGCCGUGCGCGUCUUCUACCGCAAGUGCCCCCGCAUCAUCCAGAACGGUGCCAUCUUCCAGGAGACACUGUCGGGGGCUGAGAGUACAUCGCUGGUGGCUGCCCGGGGUAGCUGCAUCGCCAACGCUGAGGAGGUGGACGUGCCCAUCAAGCUCUACUGUAACGGGGACGGCGAGUGGCUGGUGCCCAUAGGGCGCUGCAUGUGCAAAGCGGGCUUCGAGGCCGUGGAGAAUGGCACCGUUUGCCGAGGUUGUCCAUCUGGAACCUUCAAGGCCAACCAAGGGGACGAAGCCUGUACCCACUGUCCCAUCAACAGCCGGACCACUUCAGAAGGGGCCACCAACUGUGUCUGCCGCAAUGGCUACUAUAGAGCAGACCUGGACCCCCUGGACAUGCCCUGCACAACCAUCCCCUCCGCACCCCAGGCCGUGAUCUCCAGUGUCAACGAGACCUCACUCAUGCUGGAGUGGACCCCGCCCCGUGACUCAGGAGGCCGGGAGGAUCUCGUCUACAACAUCAUCUGUAAGAGCUGCGGCUCGGGCCGGGGGGCCUGCACCCGCUGUGGGGACAACGUGCAGUACGCGCCCCGCCAGCUGGGCCUGACCGAGCCGCGCAUUUACAUCAGUGACCUGCUGGCCCACACCCAGUACACCUUCGAGAUCCAGGCCGUGAACGGCGUCACUGACCAGAGCCCCUUCUCACCGCAGUUCGCCUCCGUGAACAUCACCACCAACCAGGCAGCUCCAUCUGCCGUGUCCAUCAUGCACCAGGUGAGCCGCACCGUGGACAGCAUCACCCUGUCGUGGUCCCAGCCCGACCAGCCCAAUGGCGUCAUCCUGGAUUACGAGCUGCAGUACUAUGAGAAGGAGCUCAGUGAGUACAACGCCACAGCCAUAAAAAGCCCCACCAACACGGUCACUGUGCAGGGCCUCAAAGCCGGCGCCAUCUAUGUCUUCCAGGUGCGGGCACGCACCGUGGCGGGCUACGGGCGCUACAGCGGCAAGAUGUACUUCCAGACCAUGACGGAAGCUGAGUACCAGACAAGCAUCCAGGAGAAGCUGCCACUCAUCAUUGGCUCCUCGGCGGCCGGCCUGGUCUUCCUCAUCGCCGUGGUUGUCAUUGCCAUCGUGUGUAACAGAAGACGGGGCUUUGAGCGUGCUGACUCGGAGUACACGGACAAGCUGCAGCACUACACCAGUGGCCACAUGACCCCAGGCAUGAAAAUCUACAUCGACCCUUUCACCUACGAGGACCCCAAUGAGGCAGUGCGGGAGUUUGCCAAGGAAAUUGACAUCUCCUGUGUCAAAAUUGAGCAGGUGAUCGGAGCAGGGGAGUUUGGUGAGGUAUGCAGCGGCCACCUGAAGCUGCCAGGCAAGAGAGAGAUCUUCGUAGCCAUCAAGACGCUCAAGUCAGGCUAUACUGAGAAGCAGCGCCGGGACUUCCUGAGCGAGGCCUCCAUCAUGGGCCAGUUUGACCACCCCAACGUCAUCCACCUGGAAGGUGUUGUCACCAAGAGCACCCCUGUGAUGAUCAUCACUGAGUUCAUGGAGAACGGCUCCCUGGACUCCUUCCUCCGGCAAAAUGACGGGCAGUUCACAGUCAUCCAGCUGGUGGGCAUGCUGCGGGGCAUCGCAGCCGGCAUGAAGUACUUGGCAGACAUGAACUAUGUCCACCGUGACCUGGCCGCCCGCAACAUCCUCGUCAACAGCAACCUGGUCUGCAAGGUGUCUGACUUUGGGCUCUCACGCUUUCUGGAGGACGAUACCUCAGACCCCACCUACACCAGCGCCCUGGGGGGUAAGAUCCCCAUCCGCUGGACAGCCCCAGAAGCCAUCCAGUACCGGAAGUUCACCUCGGCCAGUGACGUCUGGAGCUAUGGUAUCGUCAUGUGGGAGGUGAUGUCCUAUGGGGAGCGGCCCUACUGGGACAUGACCAACCAGGACGUAAUCAAUGCCAUAGAGCAGGACUAUCGGCUACCACCGCCCAUGGACUGCCCAAGCGCGCUGCAUCAGCUCAUGCUGGACUGCUGGCAAAAGGACCGCAACCACCGGCCCAAGUUCGGCCAGAUCGUCAACACGCUGGACAAGAUGAUCCGCAACCCCAACAGCCUCAAAGCCAUGGCGCCCCUCUCUUCCGGAGUCAACCUGCCGCUGCUGGACCGCACGAUCCCCGACUACACCAGCUUUAACACAGUGGACGAGUGGCUGGAGGCCAUCAAGAUGGGGCAGUACAAGGAGAGCUUCGCCAACGCAGGCUUCACCUCCUUCGAUGUCGUGUCGCAGAUGAUGAUGGAGGACAUUCUCCGAGUUGGGGUCACCUUGGCUGGUCACCAGAAAAAAAUCCUGAACAGCAUCCAGGUGAUGCGGGCACAGAUGAACCAGAUCCAGUCUGUGGAGGUUUGACGUUCACCUGCCUCGGCUCACCUCUUCCUCCAGGCCCCGCCCCCUCCACCCCACACGCCGGCCCCUCGGUUCUCCGUCCACCGCCGGGUCAGCGACCUGCCAGGAGGCCACGGGCAACAGGCAGAACCAAGCAGCACUCCAGCCAUAAGACGUCACCAAGAACACGUGCAACUCAGAUGAUGGAAAAAAGGGAAUGGGGACAAAAGAAAAUAGAUCCUGGGAGGGGGCGGGAAAUACAGGAAUAUUUUUUAAAGAGGAUUCUCAUAAGGAAAGUGAUCAUUGUUCUUGGGGAAAAACAAGGGCUUGGGAGAUCCAUGCGAUUUGUCCAGUCGGAGAUCAAAAGCAGUUUCUCUCCAACUCCCUCUGGGAAGGUGACCUAGCCAGAGCCAAGAAACACUUUCAGGAAAACAAAUGUGAAGGGGAGAGACAGGGGCCACCCUCUCUCCCAAUGCCAGGCUGCUCCUCCAGGCCUCACUCAACAGCCACGUGCCAGGCGGAUGGGGAGCCACCCCGGGAAACACUCUGGGAAAAUCCAAUCCCGCUGCCUCUGGGCAAACAGAAGAAUUUUUCUGUCUUUGGAGAAUAUUUUAGAAACUCCAGUGAAAGAGACUUGUUUCUCCUGUCAGCUCCUGGGGCUGAAAAGGGACUUUUGUCCUCCUGGGUCAGGGAGAACAUGGGGACACCAGAAAGGUCAGCCUUCCUGAGGGCGGCCGCCCCCCAGGUCUGCGGCUCCACAUCCACGUCACGCACACGGCCGGCGGCCCCAGCCCAGCUGGGCGCCCACUCCCGCCAGCCCCCACCUGGAGGACUGAUGCCGCAGUGACUGCCGUCAGCUACGACUGCCACUGAGAAGGACUGCUCCUGCAUCUGGGUUUGUUUACAGCAAUUCGUGGACUCGGGGGUAUUUUGGUCAGGGGUGGAUUUGGUUUGGGGGGGUUUGUUGGUUGGUUUUUUUUUUAUGACAAUGAAGUGACACUUUGACAUUUCCUACCUUUUGAGGACUUGAUCCUUCUCCAGGAAGAAGGUGCUUUCUGCUUACUGACUUAGGCAAUACACCAAGGGCGAGAUUUUAUAUGCA